GUGCGGAGCUGCAGCCCCGCCCCGUGGCUUGCCCAGGACUGAGUCUCCCUGUCGCCCUCGCCGCAACCGCUAACUCCCCGCGGGGCGUGGGUCCUUGAAGGAGCCGGCGCCAUGGCUACUGAGGCCCUGGCGGCUGAGGCCGUGGCUUCGCGCCUGGAGAGGCAGGAGGAGGACAUCCGCUGGCUGUGGGCCGAGGUCCAGCGCCUGAGGGACGAGCAGCUGAACGCGCCCGAUCGGUGCCAGGCGGAGGGGCCGUGCCUCACGCGGGAGGUGGCGCAGCUCCGGGCGGAGAACCGCGACCUGCGCCACAGGCUGUAUCGCCUGCGGCUGUGCCUGGCGGAGGAAUUGAGCCAUCAGGCCAAGCUAGAGAGUGCGGCGCGGGCGGCGGCCGCGCACGGGGAGGCCGAGCGCGCAGCUGCGGGCGCGCAGCCUCCUCCUAGUCAAAGCCAAGAAAAGGACAUUCAAAAGGAGAAAUUGAAGGAACAUGGACCUGACAGUGAGGUGAAACAACCAAAUUUUAUAAAAGAAAGGAUGGAACUUUUUGAAACCUUGAAGAAAGAACAUCAGCUUUUGCAUGCUAUGUGUGAAACAAAGGAGAAUGCAAGCAAUGUGAUAGCAGUAAGACUGGCUGAUGGGAAAACAGUGGAAGGGGAAAUUUGGAAAACAACACCAUAUCAUGUGGCUGCUGAGAUUAGUCAAGAACUGGCUGAAAACACAGUAGUUGCCAAGGUAAAUGGUGAAUUAUGGGACCUGGACCGCCCAUUAGAAGGAGAUUCCUCUCUAGAGCUGCUGAUGUUUGAUAAUGAGGAAGCUCAAGCUGUAUACUGGCACUCCAGUGCUCAUAUUCUUGGGGAGGCCAUGGAAAUUUACUAUGGAGGCCACUUGUGCUACGGCCCACCCAUUGAAAAUGGAUUUUAUUAUGACAUGUUCAUUGGAGACAGAGCAGUGUCCAGCACUGAGUUGUCAGCCUUGGAGGACAUAUGUAAAACCAUCAUAAAAGAAAAGCAGCCUUUUGAAAGAUUGGAAGUCAGCAAGGAAACACUUCUGGACAUGUUUAAGUACAAUAAAUUUAAAUGCCGAAUUCUGAAGGAGAAGGUUGACACUCCAACUACCACAGUUUACAGGUGUGGUCCACUAAUUGAUCUUUGUAAAGGCCCCCAUGUAAGACACACUGGAAAAAUUAAAACCAUAAAAAUUUUCAAGAAUUCCUCAACAUACUGGGAGGGAAAUCCUGAAAUGGAAACGUUGCAGAGGAUCUAUGGGAUAUCCUUUCCUGAUAACAAAAUGAUGAAAACCUGGGAAAAGUUCCAAGAGGAAGCCAAGAAUCGUGAUCAUAGGAAAAUUGGGAAGGAACAAGAACUUUUCUUUUUUCACGAUCUGAGUCCUGGAAGCUGUUUUUUCCUUCCCCGAGGAGCCUUCAUUUAUAAUACACUUAUGGAUUUCAUACGA